CUCUAAAGGAGUUGUACUAUGUGAUGAAAAAUUAAAAAUAUAAUAAAAAUGUACCACAAUAGUUUAGAAUCAAAGCAUUUGUUAGGACAUAUAAGCUAAUGCAAUAAUGGUUGAUGUGUAUGAAUCUUUUUUGUCAAUGGAAGCCUUCCAUUACAGUGAUAGUGAUAUGAAAAUGUCUGCAUGAAUAUUGCGAAUUAUGGGAGGAAACUCGGUAAAGGUGACGGAGAGAAUCUGCAAUUUGCAACCCGACUCAGGCCAAGUUGAGAUGCCAUUGAAGAUGAGAACUUUACUUUGUUUAUGGAGCUACUAUGAUUAGACAGAGAUUAAUGUUGUACAUGAUUUAUACGAAACCAUUCGUAUAUACAAUGGAAUUAAUUUAAUUCGGUCGAUUUUGGAAAAAAAAAAAAAAUUCUAAUGUGGUAACAGUGUCGGUGAUCGAUCUGAGAGCAGACGACAGUGUCAGGCCUUGCUGGGCCUUCUGCUCUCCCCACGCCCACGCCUAACAUCAUGUGCGAUCAGGCGUGUUUCCCACAACUGUAUGAUCAAUUGCUUUAACUUUUCUCCGUGAGGUUAAACAGGAGAAUUAAAAAAAAAAAAAAAGAUCCGGUCUGAUGCCAGGCGCUAGGGAGGUGGGUGUCGUUGGCUGCCUUCCUCGCCCCGCUGUCAUCGUCAUGUGAGGUUAAUGUUCUGUCUGCUUCUUUCACUUAUAGGAAUAUUUAUUCACUAAUCCUUUAAAACCCAUCUGGUCUUUGCAUGUGUCAUGUAUUACUUAGUCAUUACCAAAGUCAGUAUAUUCAUGUUCAUUGUUUUUUCUUAAUGCCAUGAGCGGAGGAGGGGCGGUGUUGGUGUCUUCCAAGAUGACGAGAGUGCAAGAUCAUGUCAGAAAAAAAAAAAAAAAAAUAGCGUUCUUAUUGGGGAUGCAAUUCGGGGAAAGGCUAUUUACGUGCAUCGUGCAUUGUUUGUUUCAGGUUCGUUGGCAACCUAAGUUAAUCCCCAUGUCAUGGCGAUGAGCUCUGCACAAACCAAUCAUCUUAUCAGCUUGUUUUGGUGCACAUGUCAUUUCCCAGAGAGGAAGUUCUCUUUACUAUGGAAGAUUACAAGUUCCUGUUCAAGGUGGUCCUAAUUGGCAAUGCUGGAGUUGGAAAAACAUGUCUUGUGCGAAGAUUUACACAAGGACUCUUUCCACCUGGGCAAGGAGCCACCAUUGGGGUGGACUUCAUGAUCAAGACUGUGGAGAUUGAAGGAGAAAAAAUUAAGCUUCAGAUCUGGGACACAGCAGGGCAAGAAAGAUUUCGUUCCAUCACACAGUCUUAUUAUCGGUCGGCCCAUGCACUCAUCCUUGUGUAUGAUAUAUCCUCUCAGCCAACCUUUGACUGCCUGCCAGACUGGCUAAGGGAAAUUGAACAGUAUGCAAGUUGUAAGGUCCUUCGUGUUCUUGUAGGCAACAAAACAGACCGAGAGGAUCGGGAACUCCCCACACAUGUAGGGGAAGAGUUUGCUCACCGCCACAAUAUGUACUUUAUUGAAACAUCUGCAAAGGAAGCUGACAAUGUUGAAAAACUUUUUAUUGAAAUAGCCAAGGAAUUGACCCAGCUUGUUCGUAGUGGACACUUUGACAAGGACAGCAAAGUAGGAGACCUGUCACCACAAGAUGUGUCAAAUGUCACUCUGCCCCCAGCAAGGGAAACUCGAUCAGAAUUUGCCUGUUGCUCACGGUGGCUGUCCUCCUCUACGUAGCCUAGCCUGGGAUCGCAGAUGUUUGGUGGUGGUGGUGUGGGUGGUGUAAGUCUGAUACUCAGUCAGAGCUUUAACCAGAAAUGUUUGGUAGCUUUCAGUGGUAACCUUGAACCAUUACUGUUACUGAUAUGACAGUUUUUGUAUUAAUUAUUUCUUACUAUAAGUUUUCACUCCAGUUUUGGUAUAAUCCAUGACAUUUUAUUACUUUAAAUUAUCUUUUUUGGUGUGUUUGUAUAUGUGUGACUGAAAUAAUGUGUUGAAGUUGAUGGGACGUACAUGUUUCAGUUAGUUUGGAGGUUCAAGGAUGGAGAUCCAUAGAUGAAUGGUAUUCAUGUAUUGGGUUGUGGAGAGGUGACUGAGAUGAAGCUUUGUAACUUGGCCAAUUAGGUGGCUGUCUUCUUUGUCUCAUCAAAUCAAAAGACUGCAGUAGCAGCAUUAAAAAUUUUUCUUUAUUUGUACAACUUAAAAUUAGAUUUGUUUUAUUUAUCAUUUGAAAGCCACCAUAAACCAUUUAUAGUGGACCAACAUUUUUUUUUCUUAUUGUAACAUUAUAGCAAUAUGAUUCAA